AUGUCAUCGGACCACCCUAUCCUCCAUCGCCGCCCCACCUGCAACCGCACCCACUCCCCAUCGCAACCCCCGCCGCCUCCUCCGCCCCCGUCUUCUAAACCCAACGUCACCACCACCCUCUACCAUACCCACAUCGGUAUCUUUGCUCUCACCUGGUCUCGCACCCUCUUUGGCCGAUCCCUCCACCUCCACCUUCUCCCUUCCUCCGCCACAGACGACGAUGACGAUUCCAUUUCCACCACUUCAUCCAACCACGCCGCCCCCACUCCUUCUUUCCACCUCCAGAUUAAACCCUUGAUCUUCUGGAACAGACAUGGCUCCAAGAAGAUUCCAAUCUCCGGCAACAAAACAGAGUUCAUCCACAUCUAUUACGAUCUGUCUCGGGCCAAAUUCGGAUCAGGUCCAGAACCCAUAUCUGGAUUCUACAUCGCCGCCACCGUCUCCGGUCAAAUGUCACUCCUCGUCGGAGACUCCCCAAAACAAGCUUACUCCAAGGCCAAAUCCACCCAAUCCAAUAAAAACCAAAUCACCGUCCUCCGUCGCGAACACGUCUACGGCAUAGCCAACAAGAAAUACAACACCAAAGCCACUUUCCGGGGGAAAACCCGAGAGAUAACCAUUGACUGUACCCGAGUCGCCGGCGGUGACGAUUCCAGAUUGUAUUUCUCCGUCGACAACAAAAGGGUCUUAGUAGUGAAGCAUCUACAAUGGAAAUUCCGAGGUAACGAAAGAGUCGAAAUCGACGGCGUUCAUAUUCAAAUUUCGUGGGAUGUUCACAACUGGCUGUUGGAAGAAGAAAUCGAUGACGGGUAUGCAUUGUUCAUGUUCAGAUUCGAGAAAUCCGGGUUCGAUUACCAUGAAGACGACAAAUACCUGGCCCGAUUAAAUGCAUCCGGAUCUAGUAUUUCUGGAACGGGGUCAGGUUUCGGAUUUGGAUUGGAGAUGAAGAAGAUGAAGAAAGGAAUGUUGAAGAGGGCAAAGAGUUCGUCGUCAUCGUCAAUGUCGUCGGCGUCUUCCGGGUGUGGAUCGGUGAUGGAAUGGGAAAGUGUGGAGGAGAAUGAACUGAAAGGACCUUCUGGGUUUUCUUUGCUAGUUUACGCCUGGAAGAGUUGA